UGGUUAUAGACUCCCACGUAGUUCAAGUUCAUUUUGUUUAAUUCUUCCUGCGGUGUGAUUGUAUAAUGGAAGAGAAAGAAUCAAUAUGCAAGUAUGAAGAUACUGUGGUGCAAGAAAGUGCUGAUGGAUUUACAGUCACCGUGGUUGAUAAAAAGAAACCACAAAAAAUAAUAAAAGAAAAUGAAGCAGAAGAUAAACCGCAGGUUAAACUGUAUAAAAGGCGUUUUCUUAUUUUGGGAAUAUUUUGCAUAUACUCAAUGUCAAGUGCUUUUCAGUGGAUGGAGUAUGCAAUAAUUUCUAACAUUAUUGUAAAGUACUAUAAAGGCACAAGUAUGCUUGCUGUACAAUGGACAUCGAUGAUAUAUAUGCUUUCAUAUAUCCCCUUAAUGUUUGUCGCCACUUGGAUGUUGGAUAAAUGGGGUUUAAGAAAGAUCCUAUUGGUUGGUUCUGCUCUCAAUGCAAUCGGUUCCUUAAUUAAGAUCGGAAGUGUCAAUCCAAAUCUGUUUGCAGUAUCAUUUUUCGGACAAACAAUUGCGGCAUGUGCACAAUCUUUUAUUCUUGAAAUUCCACCGAAAAUUGCCUCCGUCUAUUUCGGUCCCACAGAAGUUUCUACAGCUACCUCUAUGGGGGUGUUUGGAAAUCAGCUUGGAGUUGCUUUGGGGUUUGUUCUUCCACCUUUAAUGGUCCCACUUGGUACAGAUGAUGAAAUAGCAUCAGGACUUCGAAUAAUGUUCAUUUCUUCCGCAGCUGUUUGUACUCUUGUUGUUCUACUAAUAUUUAUAGUGAUAAAAGAUGAGCCACCACUUCCACCAAGUAAAGCUCGUGCUAUAUCAAUAGCAGCAGAAUCAUCCAACCAAGCCACUCAUGCAACGUCGCUUAAUAACUAUAAGCGUUCCAUUAAAGUUUUGAUGAAAGAUAUACCGUUUCUGGUUUUAUUAAUUUCUUAUGGUAUUAAUACUGGCACCUACUACGCCAUUGGAACAUUACUGAAUCAAAUCAUUGAAGAGUACCAUGAAAAUGCUGAAAAACAAAUCGGUGAAAUUGGCUUGACCAUGGUGGUUGCUGGUUUGGGUGGAUCAGUUAUUUGUGGACUUUUUCUAGAUAAAACUAAAUUGUACAAGUCAACAACUGUUGGAAUAUAUGUGCUAUCAUUGGCGUUUAUGUGUGUAUUCUCAUUCACACUAAGCCUUGGUCUUCUUUGGUUGGAUUACCUCACAAUAGGCCUUCUUGGCUUCUUCAUGACGGGUUACUUGCCCAUUGGUUUUGAGUUUGCUGCAGAAAUUACUUUUCCAGAAUCUGAAGCCACUUCCUCUGGAUUGCUGAAUGUCUCAGCCCAGAUAUUUGGAAUCGUGUUAACUCUGAGCUCGGGGCAGCUUUUAGAUCAUUUUGAUGCAGGUGCUGCAACCAAGUUCAUGUCAGCAGCACUGUUGGUGGGAACUAUACUAACAGUUCUUAUAAAGUCGGAUCUGAAAAGACAAAACGCUAAUUACCAGAUACCAAGCGGAAAAGAAGAUAUCGAGCUUACUAGCAAACCGAUUCUUAAUGCCAAUUGUAAUAGUAACAAUAAUACCGACCAAAAUGCGUCUGAUGACACCAAACUUAUCCGUUUAACCUCAGUCUCAUCAUGUUACAGCACUGGAUUGGAAUAAUGUAACUUUACGUGACAGUUAAUAAUUGUUGUGCUAAUUUUUACGAUUUAAUAGUUAUUUCUUUAUCUUAACAUUACGCUACCUUGUUAUUAGUUAUUGAUUAGGUUUUGUUGUCGUGUAUAUUAUAUACAUCAUCAAUGUACUUAUACCGUGUGCUUGUGUAUAUAGGUUUACAAACCAUUGGUGUUAACCUGGACGGUUUAUUUCCAGGUAUGCUUGCUUAGCUAAUAUUAUGUGUGCAUUAUGAGACAUUAUCGGGAAUUGAGUGUUUGCAUGAGAUAUUUAUAGAUAAACGCUCCAAAAACCAACAACGCUUCAAAAAUAGCCUCUGAUGUUUACCACUACUCGCGUGGUAAACAUCAGAGGCUAAACAUUUGGGCACGACCAAUAUAUCGUAUGUUCGUAUCUAAAUGCAUUUCAUAUGCAGUCAUCAAUUUAUUCACUCGCGUUGUUGGUUUGAUUGUUGUGAAUAAAUUAUAUAUUACAGACAAAUAAAAGCCACACGGGAA